GUUGAUUGAUUGAUUUGAUUGACUGAUUGACACGUUGAUUGAUUGAUUUGAUUGACUGAUUGACACGUUGAUUGAUUGAUUUGAUCGACUGAUUGACUCGUUGAUUGGUUGGUUGGUUGAUUGUUUGAUUGGAUUAAUUGAUUGGCGAUCUAUUGAUUGAUUGGAUUGUUAAACCGUGCAAGGAAGGUUCAUCAUGCAGAAAGGGGACGGUGUGGAGACGCCGGUGACUUGGGAAGAUCAACAAAGGAUCAAUACUUUUAACCGUUUAAACACCAAGUUUCACGAGGUGGAUGACGAGAUAACAAGGUGUAAGGAGUCCUUGGCGAACCUUGAAGAUGCCGACAGCGAGCUGAUUCUCACGGAGGAGGAAGAGGUGAGGUACCAGAUGGGCGAAGUGUUCAUGCGUUUGCCAAGAGAGGACGUGCAAGAGCGACUUGAGAAACUGACGGAGGAGACCAAACACACUCUCGUGCGUCUCAUAAAAGAGAAGGAGCAGCUUCUGUCCCAGAUGGCAGAUCUUAAGAAAAUUCUCUACGGGAAGUUCAAAGAUUCCAUCAAUCUUGAGGAAGAUUGAUGAUGGACGAAGAAGAUUCCAUCAAUCCUGUGUCCUUAAACUUCAUUUUUUUAAUCCAUCCAUCAUCUCUGUAAUCUCUCGCCAGCUAUUCUUUCCGGAACCUCUCUCCCCCCCCCCCCUCUUUCUUCUCCAUGGAGUGUUCCUCGCUGUCUACGUAUGUUGACCAAUCAAUCAAUCAAUUGUGAUGCUUGGUCGCUGCGCACUCCUCCUCUCAUUGCUCACCUUCUUCUCGCUCCUGCGUCCCCUUCCUACACUCCCUUCUCUCCCUCUUGCCCGUAUUCCUGACUGCAUUCAUGGAUUUUCACUUUUUUCAGCCACGUGAAUGUCGUGCCUUAAAGGCUCCCUUCGCACCUCUUUCCCGUGGUCCCGACUGUAUUCGUUGAUUUCCACUUUUUUCAGCCACGUGAUUGCUGUGCCUUAGAGGCUGCAGCUGUUUCCUUUUUUUUCUUUUGCUAUUUUUAGGUCGGUGAUGGAUACCUACCUACCAACCUACGUGCCAUCUGAAACUGUUUUCUCUUCUUUUUCUCUCUUCUUUUUUUGGGAGGAGUGCAAUUAGUGAUGUUUGGAACUUAAGGUACUGUAUUUUAUGUCAUCUUCCUUUUCUGGGUUGUUGAUUUUUUCCUGAGUUUUCAGUAAUUCCCAGCCCUCCCCCUUCAGCAGGAUGUGUAUCUGGACGUCUUCUCAUACACAUGGAUGGAGGGUUCCGUUCACGUUUUGUUCUGGUAAGCAAGCCCGUUAAGAGUUGUUUCUUAUUUUGUUGAGUACUCUUCUUCUUUUUCUUCUUCUUCUUCUUCUUCUUCUUCUUCUUCUUCUUCUUCUUCUUCUUCUUCUUCUUCUUCUUCUUCUUCUUCUUAAUGUGGACCAUUUCUCGAUUUACGUGUGUCAUGCUUGCUCAGGGGCCAUUUUAAUCUUCUCUGUUUUGUCUUAAGGGAUUCUUCCUUCUUCUUCUUCUUUCUUCUUCCUUCUUCUUCUUCUUAUUUCUUCUUCUUCUUCUUCUUCUUCUUCUUCUUCUUCUUCUUCUUCUUCUUCGUCUUCUUCGUCUUCUUCGUCUUCUUGAUGUGGACCAUUUCUCGAUUUAUGUGUGUCAUGCUUGCUCAGGGGCUAUUCUAAUGCUCUCUGUCUCGCCUUCAGGGAUGUCCUGAAGGACUCCUUGCUUUGGCUUCUUCCUUGGUUUGAGUUGCGGCGUCACUUUUCUUCUUCCUUGGUUCGAGUUGCGAUGACAUUUUUUCGGGUUUCUGUGUUGCGUUUGCUGAACUUGGCUCUUAAAAAUUCCGAAAUUCUCUUGAAUUUAGGUACGAUUUUUUAACAUACGGUCGAUAUGUGUGACUAUUUUGCUUUUUUUGAACUUCGCAAUAUGAUGGAAGUUGUUGAUGGCGAAGAUGAAGACGAAGGUUUGAAGGAAUGCCGGAGAGAGGAAGAACGAAACGACGCCAAUCACCACGCGUCCACGCGUACAAGUAAUUCAGUAAACUGCAUGGAUAGUAAAGCUCACAAAGUGUU